AUGGUGGACCGCAUGGAGCACACCAAGCCUUGGGGGCACACGCGCACACCCUGCCUGCAGGGGUGGGUGUGGAUGGAUGUCAGGGCAGAACGCCAUGUCCCUGGACGCCCAGCUCCAUCACCCGUCACCACCAAGAAGGGGUCAUCCAUGCGCGAGGUGAUUUCCAACUUGGGUCAGGGCUCCAAGACACGUCUGGUUGGACUACAACGUAUAGUGUUCAGCGGAGCUCGCUCUCCUUUUACUGAAGAAACCGACGUACCUACAUGUACCCAUCUUGCCAAUACCACAGAACAGAGCCAAGAUCGGCUCCCUGGCUGCCACUUGUUUCUCAACUUUGAGCGGCCAGGAGAGGGUAAGGCUGCCAGGGGGAAGGAAGUUGUGUGGGUGUGCGCUGCGCAUAUACGCCGUACGCCGUUGACCGACGGGCGGGCGGACGGAAUGCGGGAGAGAAGGCGGCUUGCUGCGUCCCGUCGUGAAUCAACAGGGACGAAAAGUGCUGGCCACUGGGUCGCAAAGAGGGUUGCCCAAUCGUUUGAAGAGCGUGGUACGCGCACGACCGGCACGCGGGACCGUAGGAAUGGCCGGGAUUUUGACUCAGGGCCAGAGUGGGUGGAUGCUUAG